CCAUUUCCUGUCUAUCGCCCCUAUACAAAUCAAUCUAGACCGUCUACCAAGCUCCAGGAUGGACCGCUACCCCGCAGAGCAAGAUGAGCUAGUGGCUCAGUUCUGUGCCAUGACCGGUGUCCAGGCCUCAGAUGCUGUGGAAUAUCUUGGCAACAACAACGGAGACAUUGAAGCCGCCGUAGCCGACUUCUUUGCCGAGCAGGAUGAGGCUCUACAGGGUAUGAACCCAGCUGAAGAAUCCACCGGAACAGCUACAGGAGGACGAUCCCUGGGUGGUGCUGCUGCCCCGUCCUCUUCUGCUGUGUCUGAGCCAGCUACUAAGCGCGCGGCGCCCAAGAAGAAGUUUGCUACAUUAGGAGACUUUGCGUCAGGAAGUGGGGGCGAUUCUUCAGAAGACGAUGGCUCGGAAGAUCAUGACUUCUUUGCCGGAGGAGAAAAGUCUGGCUUGGCUGUUCAGAACCCAGAUGAUCUCAAGAAGAAAAUUCUGGAAAAGGCUCGGAGAGCUGCGCCACUCCAACACUCAGAUGAACCUGAAUCACGCCCAUCCCAUUUCACUGGCACCGCCCGCACGCUUGGUGGUGAUGAGGCCCCAAGCCGCCUUAUUGAAGACCCUACUGCCCCCGCCCCGCAACGAGCUCAACGUGUCCAACGAACUCUUCACUUCUGGGCCGAUGGAUUCUCUGUCGACGACGGCGAGCUUUACCGGUCCGAUGAUCCCCGAAAUGCCGAGAUUUUGGAUGGUAUCCGACAAGGCCGUGCCCCGCUGGGAAUCAUGAAUGUGCAAGCCGGACAGGAAGUGGACGUGGAGCUUAAGCAACACGAAGAAAAAUAUGUGAAGCCCAAGCCCAAGUAUAAGCCCUUCUCUGGAUCUGGUCAGCGCCUCGGCAGCCCGACUCCGGGUAUCGCAAGCCAAUCUUCGACCCCUCCACCCGCUGAGCCCCAAGCUCCCACUUCUGGUGGCUACCCCCCAAGCAUGAUGUAG